UGAAAAUAAAUCAAAAUUGUCACCCACCUCAGUUCACCUUUUUGGGGUUCUUCUGAGUUGUUCUCCCCACUCUCUCUCUUUCUCUCCCUGAAAAAAUACACAUUUAUUCAUCAGACUUUCAUCUUUUUAGCAAAAGAUUCUCUGGGGUUUUUGCCAAUUUUAUUUAUAAUAAUGGUGAGAGGGAAAACUCUGAUGAGACGUAUAGAAAACACGACAAGCAGGCAAGUUACUUUCUCUAAGAGGAGAAAUGGGUUGUUAAAGAAAGCCUUUGAGCUUUCAGUUCUUUGUGAUGCUGAGGUUGGAUUGAUUAUUUUCUCUCCUAGAGCCAAGCUUUAUGAAUUCUCCAGCUCAAGCAUGCAGGAGAUUAUCGAGCGUCAUCAGAAGCAUAUUAAAGAUGAUCAGGGCGAAAAGCCAGUUGUGGAACAGAACAGCAUGCAGAAUUUGAAGCAUGAAACAGCAAGUUUGAUGAAGAAGAUUGAGCUUCUUGAAACAUCUAAAAGGAAGCUCUUGGGAGAAAGUUUAGGAUCUUGCAGUCUUGAAGAACUUCAACGGAUGGAGCAUCAGUUGGAACGGAGUGUCAACAUCAUCCGCGCAAGAAAGAUGCAAGUAUAUAGGGAACAGAUUGAGAGAUUGAAAGACAAUGUGAAAGACCUUGCAUCUGAAAACGUUAUGUUGUUAGAGAAGUGUGGUGGUCUUGAAAAGCAACAAACAUCAGGUGAAGAAGAUCAAGGAGAAGGCCUUUCUACAGAGAGUAGCGAAAAAUCGGAUGUAGAGACAGAAUUAUUUAUUGGUCUACCAGAGUGCAGAACAAAGCGGCCUUUUAAAAAUUAAUUGCGUGAACAUUUUCUGGACUGAUUGUCCGUCUUCUGCAGUUAUACAUACAUAUAAUGAGUUGCCUUGUGAAAUAGUUUUCCAGUUGAAUUAUUUUGCACUUGAGCUAGAGCUUGAUAAUAACGCUCAUGAGUAACGCUCAUGAGUGUUUUUUACACUGAUGGUACUUCCUUUACUUGGAUGUGUAUUAUAUAUCAUUUGAUACUCUA